AAAUAAUGGGAAUCACUGGAACUAAUCUCUCUUACUAAUUGUGAAGAAUGUAUGCAGGACCUUCCGGCCUCAUCUAAGGGGGAACAAAUCGAUAUUUUAAUUUGGGCAUUAAUUUUAUUCCUUUUGUUGAAUGACAAAAGGGGGAAAAAUUAGGGACACCUUUACUAUAGCACCUAAUGUUUGUCAUCAACAAAAAGGGGGAAUUUGUUGAAUAUGUUGUUUUGUUGAUGACUAACCAUGCAGGAACAAAGGAUGGAACGGGUCUAUAAACAUAUGUGAAUUAUGUGCAUAUAAGACUACUCGUUUGAAUUCUAUUUUUAAUUACGAAGCUUUAUUUGAAAAUAUGGAAUGAAAUCUGUGGUAACCACUACUCCUUGGUUAGAAAUUCAUUCGUUGGAAAAUAAUCCAAAUAGAAAGUCCUUAAAUGAUUAAACCCACUUUGGAAAGGAAACAUUUAGAGUUGCUUUAAUAAUUCCAUGACCGUUGCAUGUUUUGAAUGAAAAGAUCUUUUGCAUAAAUUGUUGCCUUCUCUAGCUAAGGAUCCGUUUGCAUAAAUACAUAAAAUAUCUUUGGAGCAAUUAUUAUUAAUCUCUAUGAACAAGGAAAGGAUCGAGAAAGAGAAGGGGAUCUUCCAAACAAGGCAAGAAUCGUUCUCUUGCAUAAGGAAGUCACAACGGACACAUCCGGAGCAACCUAUAUAUUCAAGAAAGCAAAAUGGAAGAGGUGUGCUGAACCGAGAAAAAUACUUAGAAGAAUCAUUCAAGAAAAGAUCAAGUCCUUGGCGACUGAAACUGCCUGCUCGGAGUUCUAGAUAGAGUUUCUCCUUUCCCUUUCAUAUUGUACUUGGACUAUUGAGGCUUAAUUGGCUAGAGUAGCUGCCUCGGGUUAAGUGUGUGUGAGAGCUUUGUGACAAAGCUGAGAGGCUCUCUACCCGCAAGGUAGAGAUGCAUAACUCUUCCUAGAGAGGAUAGAGUUGGGGAGGCUCAAGGGUAGAUUAGGAGAAUCACUCUUGUAACUCUUUCAAAGGCUUGUUUAGUGAAGUUGUUUAAAAUUCCUCCGAGGGAGGUCGAGGUUUUUUAAUCCCUUUGAGCCAAGGGAUUUUUCCUCGUUAAAUUCUUGUGCACUUUACUAUUUUGCAAUUCCCUUUAUCCCACACUAGAACUCGACGAAAAACUGCCACGGUUCCACACACACACAAUUCACCCCCCCUCUUGUGUUGCUAACCGUUUUCAUCAAUGGUGAAGGUUUUGAUACAAGAAGGAAGACAUUGUCACAAAACAUGUCCUCUAAAAGAUGUGCAACAACUACAACACACCAUAGUCAUGAACGCAUUAUAGCUGAUGCAGGUGAAACUCAUGAAAGUUCAGCUAGUGAUAGUCCCCAUCGUCCAUCACCAGAAAAGAAUUGUUGAAGCAGAUACACAUCUCACUAUUAAAAGAUAAUAUGUGAUUGAGUUUAGAUGGUGAUUGCUGACUAUGGUGAAUUAAAAACAUGUUGUCUACCUAGCUUCUCGCCCAAAGAAAAGAGGUUGUGGUCAAACAAUGGGAAAGGGAAUUAUGAGAGCAUUUGGGGCUUCUAAGACAAAAAUGCAGAUAAAUGUGGAUCCAUCAAUCGGAAGACCAAAAGAUGGAGAAGAAUCGGCAAAACCUUCAAGUCAAAUUGGUAUAGUUACUCGUGAUUUACUUCUUGUGCCAAGAAGGUGGAAUGAAGUUGAUCAGAAGAAUGGGCCUAAACCUGGAUUUGAUCAUCCAAGAAGGUGGAAUGAAGUUGAUCAGGAGAAUGGGCUCAAACCGGGAUUCGAUCAUAUUAAGUCUCUGCAGGAAUUAAGUGGGGAUUCUUGUGAUAGGAUUGAGUUUUAUAAACGCACUCAUUAUUCAGAGAAGAAAGGUUGGUCAUCCAAAGUGGCAGAAGAAAAUUGAGAGAUGAUGAAAAAGAAACAACCGUACAAAGAAGAAAAAUUUGAAAAGAGUGCAGAUGAGAUAGUUCUUGAGGUUCUUGGACAUGGGUCUGACUAGAUUAAAGGUCUUGGUUAUGGUCCUAAACCUACAAGUAGACGCAACAAUGCUAAUUCUUUUAUGACCGAGCAUUCGAGCAACUCCAAAAACAACUUCAUGAAACAAAACAAAAACUACACAUUUCUGAAUCACAAGUUGGUGAGCUUAAGACUCAAGUACAAGAUCCUGAUAAAUGUGGAAAAACUCAUGGCAUUUAUGACUACUCAAGGAAUGACCUUAUAAUCACUGCUAUUGGUUUCACAACCAAGCUUUUUUUUUUUUUAGUUUUUUGUUUUUGUCAUCUAAAAACUUCCAGUGAAGUGUUUUGCGCAAUAAAUUUCAUCCGAAUAUGAGAAUGAGUUUGAAUCUGAAUUGUGGGCAGUUUGUUACUAAUAUUUAUCAAUUAAAAAU